CUCCCGCUCGCCAUUCUGUCGCGAAACUCCGGCAACGACGGUUGUUGCCAUGAUUGAUUACGCGCGCCCCUACGAUCAAAACAUGUGCGAGUAUUAUAUGCCCCCUUCACCGGCGCCCGCGCGCCUAGAUGACUUUCAAGUCUUCAAAAAAGGAACCUGUACCUACGGGAACUAUUACAACACUUACGACGUCCUCGCCGAACCUGAGGUCGAUACUGCGACUAACGUCUACCAUAACCUCGUCAACCUCAGAGAUUCAUAUCGCCCAGAAGAUUGGAGAUACAAAAGCGUCUUCGACUGGACAGCAGACGACACCGUGUCUUGGAUCUUUGAUUGCGUGAUUGCUAGUGGUUUUAGUGAAUACGAUGUCCCGUUCUAUAACCUCAGAAUUCCCGGAAUCGAAAUCAGGAGUAUGGGAAGGGAAGAUAUUCUUAGCAGAAUGUUGCAUUCCAGCAUAGAUCCAAACCUCUCGAGCAGAAUAGCUGAUGUUGUAUAUGAAAAGCUGCAAAGUCGUCUGAAUGAUGAAAUUUUACGGCAGUCUACGGUGUUUAAAUACGCUGACCCGUAUCAAAGUCAGGAACAGACAAUGUUAGAUUUGGAUUAUCACAAAAAUAAACUGUAUUCAGAUUACAAACCUAAUGAUAGCAGUUUAUUACAACCGGCGGAUUCUAGCGACGAUGCGGAAGAUUUGUUUGGUUCUUCAGCCGCCGCCUCGCCCGAAGGUGCAUAUGGUAGUGAUGGCAGUAAAUCAGGUGAUGAAGAUGAGAGGCGGGCGAAAUUAGUAAAGCGGCCUCCCGGUAGGCCAAAAGGUAGCGGCAAAAAGGGCGUGAAGAGACCAAGAAGCGUUUCCGUCCCGGAGUUCCUCAGAAAUUUGUUGUUCGAUGAGAGAUACUGCCCGUCUAUUAUAAAGUGGGAGGAUUACUCGCAAGGAAAGUUCAGAUUCGUGAAACCAGACGAAGUCGCGAAACUUUGGGGACAGAUGAAACAGAACGAGAACAUGACCUUCGAGAAGUUCAGUAGGGCAAUGAGAUACCACUAUCGUCAAUCGGUUCUGGUUUCCGUCCCUACUGCACGCCUCGUCUACCAAUUCGGCCACAAGGGUCCAGACUUCAGGACUGAUAAUCCAAAUUUUAUUAAAGUGAAGUCAGAAUUGGAUGUUCAUGAUAUGAAUUACUCAAAUUCUUAGUUAGGUCGAAGUGAAAUUAAUAUUUCGGUUAAGAAACUCAUGCUCAGAGAAAGAAGAGAUUGUUUUGAUGUUAUGUACGCUCUUGUACAAUUCUUCGACAAGAAAUUAUUUUAAGUUCUGGAUGAAGAAAUGAGUAGAGAUGGGUUUGGUUAUGAAAUAAGGAUUGUUCAAGAGCUUUGUUGUUUUUAAUGGAAUAAUGAUAGACUAAAGUAUUAGGAUAAGAGGAGGUGAUAAUUAAGUAUGAAGCAUGUUUGAAAGGCUCAUAUAAGCUCAAUGUAAGGUUUGGUACAGUUUCAAUGGUUGUAUUUCGAACAGAGAUUGUUAAAUGUUAGGUCCGUCAAUUAAAGGUUGUAAAACCAAUUGUUGAAGUCCAUAUUAUUUUUUUAAGUGGUUAAGUGUAUUUUUCUGAUGAUGUACACAUUUUUGUCAUAGCGAUUUUUCAGAGCUACGGAUUUUUGAUAAAGAAUUUUUAAGGUUUCAAUAAUUACCGUUGUUAAUGUAAUAUUAAGAUAAAGUAAUGGACUACGGCACGUAAAGGUGUAUAUACUCGUUUUAAAUAAAGACAUUCCAUUUUUAUUUAUAGAUCUUAAUUCAAAAUUGUUUAUAUUAAGAAUUUUCGUAAUUUGUGUUGCCAUAUCGUGAAUGUUGUUGAAUGUACUUAAAAUUUUUUAAUCUUAUUUUUUAUAUUUAAGACAUGUCUCUCAGUGUUAGUUUAGGUUUUAAUUUUAAAUAGAUAAUAAGAAAUGGCGCGAAUGUGCAAUAAAAAAAUGACAAAUUAAAAGAUCUGUAGGCCAAAGAUUAUGUCGUAGUGAACAAAUUGUGCUCGGUUUAUGGUUUUUAAUUAAGGUAGAGGCGAGAGCUAAUUUCUUUGACUAAACAAAAUAAUUUUAAAUCAUUAUCUGUACGUAGAUUGGCAAAGUUUUUAAAGAUGGUAAGUUUGCGCAUGUACUUUUACUUUUACACUAAUUUUUGCGCAUCAUCACCUCUGGCCAAUGUAUUUUUCAGUAACUUAUAUUAGAUAUUUCCACCACAGAAUAAUAUUAUUUUACUUUGAAGAAUAUUUGUACAAAUUUAUUUGUAGAAGAUUAAAUUAUUUUAUUAAUCGAUCGAUCUCACCUCCGCCUUAAAGAAACCUAGAGAAUAAAAUGAAUUUCAAGAGUUUUUUAAUAGCAUUUAAGUUUAUGACUCUCAGGCAUUUGCUGUGAUUGUAGAGUAAAAAUUAAAAUUUAUUUAUGUAAAUAGUUAGGUGUUUUUUCUUUACUCCAGUUUUAAACUACAAUUAUUUCUUAUUUUCAUACUAAAGCCAAACUUUUGUUCAAUUUAGCUGUAACUUAGGUUUAUUUAGUACUAUUAUUGUCACUCGAGUACAAAAUUUGUGUCUUACACUAUGAUUUUUCUAGGAUUUUACCGGACAUAAAACUUCAAACCAACAUCACUGUUUUUUAAUACAAACAUAUAGCCAGUUAUAACCUGUUUUUGUUAGUUCAAAUUAAAUAUAUAUACGUAAAGAUAACAUCCAAAACGGAAAUGCAUGUGAUGUGAUUUUUAUAGUCAAUUAUUUUAAAAGACGAUUUUAGUAUAACCGCCGUACUCAGAGUAAAGUUAUCGAAAAUUCCAGAUCUAUCUAUACUUUCAAGUUUAAUGAAUCUUAUUUUGUUGAAUUGCAUUAAUAAAUUUUCUUAAGGGAUCGUAAGGGAUGGGUAGCAUCCCCCUAUAAAUAUUCCUUUAUAUAAGCAUUCUUUAGUCAGUCGUCUACGAAGCAUACAUUAUAAAGUUGUAUGGUGCGUUAGAUAUAUUAUUACUUAUAGCAUUAGAGAUAAGUUAACGACUUUGAGUACGGCUCUGCACAUUUCGUCUUAAGGAUCGUUACACGUUUAAAUUUUAAUAGUAAAUACGUUUUAUGUAUAAUUCACGUAACUUUCGCCUAAGUUAAUUAUCUUGAUAUUAUCUAAAUUCUUCAUAAAUGUGAAAGUAUAAUACAACAUUUUCAAUUAAAAUAUGAGUUUUCAAUACAUUUUUAGAUACGUACUAGAUUGUUAUAAAUUAUUAUAAGUUUUAUCUAAAUUGUUUUAAUGUACGCUAGAAAUAUUGUUGAACG